AUGAUUACAGCCUUUGGUGAUCUUGAAAUAGACCAAGAGGAAUUGAAUUUGGAACAGCGAUGGCAUUCACGAGAAAAAUUCAACAAGAAUUUGAGUGAAUAUAAUGAUGAUUCCGAUACAGAAAAUAAUUCGACUGGCUUGAAGGAAGCCAUUUCUCAGCACUAUGCAAACGCGUGUUGUUUGGCCAAAAGAUGGAUGUAUUUGGAUCAACAAAAAAAGAAAAAUCAUGACAUGGCUCAUCAUUAUUACGAGGAAGCACUGAACGAGUCAUUACUCGUCAAGUUAGAUGAAAAUGUAAAAUAUGAUAUCAUGGAGUUCAUUCCGACGUAUUCCCGAUGGUCCUUCUAUGCAAAGGGCCAAUCUUACUUGGAGGACAUUCAAUUUCCAAUGAGAGAAAUUGAAAGGCCAUCCCAUCUACAACAUCGUUUGGAUCAGCCUAUCGUGACCUUUCACAAAAUGAGAGUCAUUAGCAAAUCCUUUAAUCAACGCAUGAUGAGAAGUAUUUUGCGAGUCAAAGAAAUAAUUUUCAAUUUUAAAGAUGACAAUAUUGAUUAUUUUAUUGUGUUAUUGAGAUUACAGAGAUUGUUCAAGGAAGCCGAUGAGAAAAAGCUGCCUGUAACAGCGAACAGUGUUUGUUUGUACAGUGAACUAUUGCCUCAAUUGAGAUCUCCUAGCGUCGUUUCUGAUACAAACACCCUUGAGAAGCCACUACAAUCAUUGAUACAACAACAACUAUCAGGGCUCUCAAUGUCAUUCGCUAAUACCAACUACUCAUUACUUAAUAACGCAUAUGCACCUCAAUUCGGCUAUAAUUCAUCACUAUUUUCAAGUAACAUCAAUAAUUCAUUGCUAAACUUUAAUCCCUCAACCAAGUCCGCAGAAGAAACAAAUGAUAUCUCGACCAUUCCGUUUGACCCAAAUGACAUUUAUGGAGAGAAGGAACAUCCCUCCAUUUAUUCAGAAGGAACCAAACAGAAAUAUGUGUUGAAGCCAUAUACAUUUACACAAUACGAGCGACCAUCACAAAUCAAUGACUAUGAAUUAAUGAUUCCCAUUCAUCACAAGCAACAAAAACUGUUAGCAACAAAAUCGACGGAAAAAGCUCCAAUUUGUGUAAAUCUUGCAGAUUUUAUUGGAGAUAAUUUAACGAUAGAGCGACUCAUUGUUGUUGAAGAGUCCACCCAUCUCUCAGCAAUAAUUCGUCAGUUAAAAAGCCUUAAAAAUCUAGAUCUUUUCAAACCUGUGAAAGAGCUAGCGAACAACUCUGUAGAACAUGUGACUACCCUCAAAACUGCAAUAAUUCUAAAUGAACAUAUUUUACCCAAUCUCAAGAAGGUUGUGAAGUUUAGACCUGUGCAUGAAUUGGCAUUUAUAGUGGGUCAUGAAUUCAUUCCCACUGAAGAGAAAGAGUUUUGUCAACUUGGUGAAUAUUUCAAACAACUCACUCCGAGUAUUUGUGUAAGACUCAUGGAAAUAUUUUUGAAUAUUAACACAGAUUCCAGUGGUACGUCGAUUUCUUCAACAGUUGGCUUGGCUACCUCGCUUUUCCAAACAUCUCCUAACAAGAUGAAUGAAGCUAGAGAAUUGCUGGAUUUCAUGCUACAGGAAAGACAUGUACCUUGUGAAAGUUUUGUGAUUCGUAAUAUUGAGCCUUAUUCCCAAACUUGUCAAUGCUUGUUACAAUAUUUUGUGUAUAUUUGCAACGAGUAUCAAAAUGGACGAUUAUUUCACAUGACCUUUACCUCUCAUACCAAUGUUAUGCUCGCUAUUAGCUUUGGAUGGAAAUUUUGGAACCAAUUGCACGAAUUACCCUUCUUGUUAGCGAACAGCUCAAAAUCGAGCAUACUUUUCGAACAAGCAUUGCAAUUAUGCAUACCUACCAUGAAUACCGAUUUGCUAUUUUCUCUUCUUGUACAUUCCGUGUUGGAAGGAAAUUCUUCAGACGUGGAAACAAUUAUUUCUUCGUAUUUGGUAAUGAAUGUCUCAUGA